AUGGAAUUCAGUUUCGGUGCCAUCCAUGAUGUCGUCCAUGCGACGGCCGCCUUCUGCGAAGAGACUGCCAGCGACAGCGACCUCAGCAGUCACUUUGGCGACUAUGGCCAGGGCUACGAAACACCCUCAUCUGGCGAGGAAGACGCCAACGAGCUCGUUAUAGACGCCGCCGACUGGCGCUAUUCACAGCUCAACCCCCGGAACCGCAUCGACAGCCUAGCGCCGCUCGCCAGGCCCCUGUGGCGCAUCGACGGCAGCGCCGGUUUUGGUACGCAGUUCUACGCCUACCCGCUCUUCCUCGAGUCCGGCGGACCGCCGCCCAUGCACCUCGAUGUUUUUAUUAAGGAGCAGACGGCUUACCCGCCCCUGCUGCGCGAGCUGCUGGACAUGAGCCCGUCCUACCACACAAAGGACGCGCCUCGUGUGCGCCGCCUCGGCAUCGCCCGGUACAUCUUGCGCAUUCUUCAGUGGCACACAGUACAUCCAAAGGGCGCCCUGCAGCCCGAGACGGUGGAGAGUCUGUACAAGAACGGGCCCUUUGGUUCAAUGAUUCUCAUCGAGAACCUGUGCUGCCACAUCCACAAGGUCCGCGUCAACGUGUCGCUCAACUACGCCCUAGAAGGCGACCUGAUGUCCUACAGGGCGCUCAAAGACAUGUGGGGCUUGUCAGAUGGCGGCGACGAUGGUGCUGGUGCCGUUGGUACUGGAAAGAACAAGGACAAGGAGGAGUCGUGGGAGACCGAGACCGAAAUUAAGAAAGAGACAAAACGGCCACUGCCACCGGAGAUCAGUAUCCUCAAUGUGCGCCUGGUGCGUCAGAUGCACGACAGCAUCAGCCUCGUCGAGGUCUGCUCCUGGCCUGUAGCGUUGGAGAACACAGACGAGGACGAGGGCGAAUGCGAUCGUGUCACGCGAGGGGGCAAAAACAAGCACCACGGCAAGGGCAGGAAGGGCAACAAGAUCAUCAACGCCAAGCGAGCCAGCCGGGACAAGGACGCGUUUGAAGGUGUGGUCGAGGGUAGGUCUUUCGAGCCCGAGCUCGUCAUUCUCAAGUCGCUCACCAGUGGUGUCAAAUACCUGUACCAGGAGCUGCGUGCGCUGCUCAGGGACAUUCCGCCGCACGACGGUGUCCUCACGCGCCCGCUGCACGUCAUCUCCAAAGAAUGCCUCUUUGGCAAAAAAUUGGGCGUUAUUGGCUUCACCAUGCCCUACUACGAAGCUGGCUCGCUGCGCGACGCCCUGCCUCUACUGCGCAUCCACGGCCAGCUCACCUACGCCGACCAACUGCGCUGGGCCUGCCAGAUUACCGAGGCCAUGUGCCACGUCUGGUACCAGGGCCACGGCUUCUACUACCCGGAUCUGCGCCUUGAUAAUGUCGUCCUCACGGCCCAAGCACCCGCCGGUAACGCCGGCCUCGUUGACUUUGAACAGCGCGGCGUGUGGUGCAGCUUCUCGGCGCCCGAGGUUGAUUACAUUGAGAGUAUACGAGUAAUCGCCUUUGACAACGACGACGAUACUGUCUACGGCAUCCCAGAGGAGGUUAGCUUCCAGUUUCAGCAGAGGCUGAUUUCCUGCUACGAAGCGGCCGCGGCGGCGAAGGCCGUGGACGCGGCCGGGCGUUGGAAGACAUCUGUCCAUCCACCACCGCUCAGCAAAAUCGGCCGGCAUCCGCUGAUCCGCCUCGGGCAGGACACCAGAUACAGCAAUCCAGAAUAUGGUUACAACGUAGUCUACAACUGCCUGACCAAGUCUGAGCAAGAAGCCUCCAUGGUCUACAUGCUCGGCCGCCUGCUGUGGUGCAUCUUUGAAGGCAUGAGCGCGCCCCACCGUGGCGCCGUGUGGAUGUCGUACCCACGGGAGCCGGAGCUCGAGUUCCCAGCAUUCCGGUUAACGCCGCCGGAUGUCAAGUCGAUGAUCCUCAAGUGCUUUGGUGACGUUGGUGCCAAGGAACAGAGCAAAUUUAUGCGCCAGAAUAGCAAGAUUUACUUAAAACGUACUCGCGGAACAACCGCCGCCACCGAAAGCAAUGGUGAGCCAUCCUAUGAGCUCGUCGGCGACGGCCUCAAGUCGAAGGCGCGUGACUAUUGGCGAAUCAAGCUGGCCGAGGGCGACGAGUGGGUCAAGGAACGGAAUGCAAGACUUGCCGGUGUGAAGGAAGAUGGUAACAAGGACGACGACGACGACGACACCAUCAGAGCGCAUGUCAUCGGCGAGGACGAACAUGCUGAGCGAAACAUAGACGGAUCAACCGUCGAAAAGUCGGCUCAUGGCCGGCCCACCCUUCGGCAGGUCCUGCAGUGGCUGCAGAAGCUGCAGAGGGAGAUGGAUGGCCUCUAA